AUGGAGGUGACUCUUCCCCUGCCAUUCCUCGUCAGUGUCGCUGCCCCCACGGGACUGGCAGAGCUUGAGGGGCUCAAUCACGAGGAGGUGUCUAUUCUCGGCACGCCCUUCUUCGAGGCCCAGCCUCAGAUAGCGGAAAAGCUCUCUCAAUUCCUCGGACGCCACAAUCAUGAGUUCUAUGCUCAUAUGGAUGUGACGAGCCUUGACUCCCCAGAUGAAAUUGUUGCCCUCCUAGAUCGAGGAACACGCAGGGUCUUUGUUACACCAGAAACUUUAUCAGAAUAUACCGAAUAUGGCGCCCGAGUUCUUCCGGCGACUUCGUCUCUUGAUCUUUCAGCCGCCUCUGAGCAUGGUCUACUUAUCAAGGAGUUCGAUCCUUCCUCGGCCGAGGCCGAGAAUUUCAUUGCUGAGGCUAAAUCAAAGAAAAUCAACAACCUCUAUCUCAAGCCUGUCUCGAAUGCUUCCAUUGAAAAGUUCAUCGGGGUAGCAAAGAGCUGUGGCGCCAUCCCGGUGCUACCCUCGACUGGUCUUACCACCGAUGAGCAAGACAAGGAUCGCGUCCAACUUUCAACAGUCUUCGCUUCCUACUGGACAUCUGACCGCGCAGAUGGUUUGAUUGCCACGGUUGUCACUGAUGAGGCAGGUGUUGCACUAGGUUUGGCCUAUUCCAGCAGCGAGAGCGUUCUGGAAGCUAUUCGAAGGCAGGCUGGUGUGUACCAGAGUCGAAAGCGAGGCCUAUGGGUCAAGGGUCUUAGCUCUGGCGAUACCCAGGAACUGGUUCGCGUUGCUCUUGACUGUGAUAAUGAUACUUUGAAAUUUACGGUUAGGCAAAAGGGACGCUUCUGCCACCUACCACAAUUCAGCUGCUUUGGAGAUCUGGGUGGGAUUGUUGCGCUUGAGCAGACUCUCAAGUCUCGCAAAGAAUCUGCUCCAGCAGGUUCAUACACUGCGCGACUCUUCUCUGAUGAAAAGCUGCUGAGAGCCAAGAUCAUGGAGGAGGCAGAAGAGCUCUGUGAUGCUAAGACUCCUGAGGAGGUAGCAUUUGAGGCUGCGGAUCUCAUUUACUUCGCUCUGACCAAGGCUGUCGGAUCGGGCGUUAGCCUGGCCGACAUUGAGGCAAACCUAACUGCCAAGAGUUUGAAGGUGAAGAGGAGGACUGGCAACGCCAAGGGCAAGUGGGCUGAGAAGGAGGGUAUCAAGACAGAUGCACCUGCACCCGCAAAGCCUGCACCUGUCGUCGAUACCACCAACGAGAAGAUUGUAAUGCAGAAGAUUGACUCCUCGCAAUCAAGCGAAGCAGAACUUCUUGAGAAACUCAAGAGACCAUCCCAAAAAUCACCAGAUGCUAUCUUAAAGAUUAUCCACCCUAUCAUCGAGGAGGUUAAGAAGGGUGGUGACAAGGCAGUGCUCUCCUAUACCCACAAGUUCGAAAAGGCAACGUCUCUGACUUCGCCUGUUCUGAAAGCCCCCUUCCCCAAGGAGCUCAUGGACCUUUCGCCAGAGACUAUCAAGGCUAUCGACACCUCCUAUGAGAAUAUCAAGAAAUUUCACUCCGCCCAGGCCGAAGAGAAGCCUCUCAGAGUCGAGACCAUGCCAGGUGUGGUGUGCAGCCGAUUCUCUCGUCCUAUCGAGAGAGUUGGUCUUUAUAUCCCUGGAGGUACUGCAGUCCUUCCUAGUACUGCUCUGAUGCUUGGUGUCCCCGCUAUGGUUGCCGGUUGCAAGAAGAUCGUCUUCGCUUCUCCUCCUAGGUCAGACGGUAGGGUCACCCCUGAGAUUGUCUAUGUCGCCCACAAGGUCGGCGCUGAAAGCAUCGUUCUCGCUGGCGGUGCUCAAGCUGUUGCUGCCAUGGCGUAUGGCACUGAGAGCAUCACCAAGGUCGACAAGAUUCUCGGCCCCGGCAAUCAGUUCGUUACAGCCGCCAAGAUGCACGUUAGCAACGACACCAACGCUGGAGUCGGUAUUGACAUGCCUGCUGGUCCCUCUGAGGUUCUUGUAGUCGCUGAUAAGGACGCCAACCCUGCAUUUGUCGCUUCUGAUCUCCUGUCUCAAGCGGAGCACGGUGUGGACAGCCAGGUCAUCCUGCUUGCCAUUGACCUCAACGAGCAGCAGCUUCAAGCCAUCGACGACGAGGUUCACAAUCAGGCUCUUGCUCUCCCACGUGUUGAUAUUGUCCGCGGCUCCAUCAAACACUCUGUCACAGUUCUCGUGAAGACUCUUGACGAGGCCAUGCGGAUCAGCAACGAGUACGCGCCAGAGCACCUUAUCCUUCAAAUCAAGGAUGCCGAGAAGGUGGUUGACAAGGUGAUGAACGCCGGUAGCGUUUUCAUCGGCGAGUGGACCCCUGAGAGUGUUGGUGAUUAUUCGGCCGGAGUCAAUCACUCCUUGCCUACGUACGGUUUCGCUAAGCAGUACUCUGGAGUCAACCUGGGAUCUUUCAUGAAGCACAUUACCAGCUCCAACCUUUCAGCAGAGGGUCUCCGCAACGUCGGUUCAGCCGUCAUGCAACUUGCCAAGGUGGAGGAGCUCGAGGCUCACAGACGAGCUGUCGAGAUCCGCAUCAAGCACAUGGACAAGAAUUAG